AUGUGGUCAUUCGUCCAACGACGACAGAUCGCCAAACAAAUACGAUCAGAAUACCAACUCGACCUAAGUUCCAUCGAAACACCAACCUACAAGUCUCGCAACUGUCUACUGCUCAGUAGCGAUGAUCGAGUCAGCCGUCAAGACUCUCCUAACGACGAAGCUUUCAAAGUCCAAAGCACAGGCGAGGAUGACCCUCUCAACCCAAAGAACUGGACCCUGGCAACACGAUGUCGCAACAUCUGCAUCAUUUGCUUCUUAGUCUUCACACAAUGUUGGUCCGGUGCUGCCGACUCUAUCGGAAAUGACAUGGCGAGCAAGGAUCUGCAUGUGAGCCAGGUCGCCGAGAACGUCUCUACGGCUGUUUUCCUGUUCGGCGUCGGAACAGGUGCUCUGUUCGCAGGACCUCUAUCAGAGGCUGUUGGACGGAAUCCGACAUAUUUGGUAGCUACAGCUUUCUAUCUCCUUUUUGUGCUUGGGACGGCUAUGACGCCCACUUUUGGGGGUCAAGUGGUGUGUCGGUACUUUGUGGGACUGUCAGCUAGUGCUACACUUACGAUCAAUGGGGCGAGUGUCAAUGACCAGUUUCGACCUGUCAAGAAGGCGCUUGUUUUUCCUAUAGUUGCGUGGGCUAAUAUUGCAGCACCUGUGAUUGCACCAGUUGCGAGUGGCUGGAUAGUUGAAAACGAUAAGCUUGGGUGGAGAUGGACGAACUGGGUAACACUGAUCAUAUCCGCGGUCGCCUUCCUGGUGGCCUUUCUCUUCCUCCCGGAAACGCACUUUCCUCUGUUACUAACAUGGAAAGCGAGAGAACUUCGUCGAGUUACAGGAGAUCAAAGAUACAUCUCAGACCACGAGCAAAAGCCAUCGUUCUGGAAACAGCUCCGAAAGACGCUUCCGCUACCAGCCACCUUCUUCCGCAGCGAGCCAGUCAUCAUAGUACUAGGACUUUAUCUUGUCUUACUAUACAUCCUUCUAUUCAGCUUUCUAUCAGGCUUCGACUACAUUUUCAAGGAAACUUAUUCUAUAACCCCCGGUUACCAAGGAUCGUGCUUCGCUGCCAUAGCUGCCGGUGCAACAGCUUUUGCCCUUUGUGGGCCGGCCCUCUACGAGUGGUCAAGGAUACACACAGAACGCGUUCGUGGAGCGUCGAUAGAACCAGAGUUCAGACUUUGGCCUGCUAUAGUCACAGCACCAUUCCUUCCAAUCUCUCUCUUCUGGCUCGGCUGGACGAAUUACGCCAGCGUUCCUAUGUGGAGUGGUCUAGGUGCCUGCUUCUUAUUUGGUAUCGUUCUGAUGGCUAUCUACGUUGGCAGCUAUGAAUACAUCACCGAUAGUUACGGAGAACACUCUGCUAUAGCACUUGCCAGUAUAACCAUGUCGCGAUAUCUCAUCGCUGGUGGAAUGGUCAUGGCUGCUCGCCCUAUGUAUAAGGGUAUUGGAGUUCACUGGACGAUGACGCUGUUGGGGUGUAUUGCGGUUCUGUUGGCACCUGCGCCGCUUUUAUUCUGGAAAUACGGUGCUAAGCUCAGGGAGAGAAGUCCAUAUGCCAGCACUGAUUUAUGA